AUGAGUCUUCCCGUCACAGCACUGUGUUUAGCUGGCUCAACGGGGCAACUGUAUGCAAUAUCUGGAAGCACAAUCUACCGAGGAGCUACUCCUGUCGCCGCCUUGAAUCAUGAUGGUAUCAAAUCAGCGGUUUCAUGCGCUUCAUUUUGGUCACCAUAUCUUGUUGUCUGUGCCGGACGAGUGAUCUCUAUUUACAAAUGCACAGAUGACAAUUUGUCCUUUGAUCAUCUAGUAUCAUGUCCAUCUGUAGCUUUAUCCGUUCUUCCAAGCAACAAACUAUGGCUUAUUUCCUUCAUAACAGGCGAUUGGGGCUGUUUGGAUGUGUCCACUGGGACCCUGUCUUAUCACAAGGGAAGCACCGGUAUCUUCUUUUCCUCUCGGUUUCUUGGAUUUCUAUUUCCCAGGAAGGCUCUUCUCGCUCUGGGCUCUGCAGCGCCUCUGGUCGAGCUUUGUCUCAUUGAUGUGGAGCAAAUGACGUAUGAGUGCAUAGCAACAAUUUGUACACCCUCAUUUCCUGUCCUCUGCCUUACAUCUCAUCAUGUGUUAAAUUCUAGCCAUUCUUUUGAUUGCCUUUAUCUUCUUUUAGCUCUGAGCUGCAAGCACGCACACAUUUUCUCUCUGGCUUUUUCCUGGGAUAAUAGGACGAACAUAACCGUACAUACAAAUGAUUGGCCCAUACUAGACAACGUGUCUCGGCUCUACUCAGGACAUUUAGAUAGGACUAGUAUCUACCUGGGUGAUGAAACUGGCAACAUUCACAGGUAUGCAUACUCAUAUAAAUAUGGCUCUGACUUGCUGUCUACUUUAGACUACCGUGCACGUUUACAUGGCGGGAUCGUGAAAGACAUGGUUGUCUUCGAGAGGAGGCUUUUCACAUGUGGAGAAGACGGCGCAGUGCUGUCGCAUAGCUUAGAAGACCUUGCCCACAAACUAGUUGAGCUACCACUAGAACAUGCGUACACUGGAAAUGCAGGAAUACACCAUAAGAGGGAUCCUGUGUGCCUUCACAGUACUAUGGUUUAUUUUGCCGACACGUAUUGCAUAGUUAUAUAUUUGUGUGACGCGAUUCUUGUUUCCAAUUUUUCAUCUGUUCUGUUGAUCUCCUUACCAGGCCAAAAACCAAAUUGUUUCGAUGAAUUUGUCACAAAGAAGGGAGACCUUAUUAUAAUAGUAGGCUACACUAUUUCUUUAAUAUAUUAUGUACAAGUAUCACUAUCUCCAUUUGAAGUGUCUAAGGUCAACGUACUAAACUUUGCCAGCCACCUUCGACUAUGCGCUCAGACGAUCGACUCAAACAUACCAAACAAUCUGGGAGUCUCUUCAUGCCACUUAUUGCAUCAGAACACUAGCACUACAGAUCUAUUUGUAUUUAUUUACGGAAUUGGCGCUGCUAUUGUUUCAUGCCAGCAAAACUUGUUGACAGUACUGUCUGUGUUAAUACAUCAGCGUAUUCCAUCACUCAAUUACAUAUAUCUCACUAGCAUAGAGACAGGUGUCACCUCUGUUCAAAGCACAAAUCAAAUGGAUCUGAAAGCACUCGGGCCGCUAACUUCAUCCAUUCUCAGGUUUUCUGAUGGAUCAUCCCUUGUCUUUAUUUACACUAGAGAUGGGCAGCUCCAGAUUUUCAAGUACACACCAAAGAACUUGCAGCUUCUGUUCCCUAUUUUAAGUCUCUGUACUGACAAUGCUGGCAGGACAAAACUAUAUGCUCGAGCACUUCCUUCCUCACCUCAGGUCACUCACAGCCUUGAUGGGCAUCAUGUUUCAGUUCUCUUUGUUUUACAUUCAGGAAAGGUACAGUUGGUUCAUCUUCUUGUGCACAACAAUAAAGUCAUCUUCUGUCAGCAGAACUCAACCAGAUCAAUUAUGCCUUGCAACAGUGUUCUUCUGCACUGGGACAAGUCCAUCUCUAUAGCUUCGCGCGAUGCAAAAGGAUGGCUCAUCACCUCUCUGUGCCCGAACCGUUUUACGUACGCUCAGGGCACUAUCUCUACUGGCAAUUUACUCAGUGAUAACGGAGAAGUUAGUGUUGCUCUAGGGAUAUGCUACAAUGAGGUAAGUAGGCAGUGUGUUCUAUUCGAUUGGUCGUCUUCGAAGUUGUUGAUUCAACCUGUUGGAUCUCCUAUGCUGACGGCUCGCAUUAUCCUACCAGGAUGGGCAUCUGGAAGCGAAAUCAAUGCAUUUGCGCCCAUCCAAAACAUGCUAGUGUGCGGUUCAGAGACAGGAGAGGUAACCCUCCAUGACAUUAACCUGAAUCUCGUUCGGGUUAUCCAUUAUUGCAAUGCCUCUGUUCGCUCUAUUGCGGUACUCAAGAUCUCGGCUGCAGAAGACCUAAUAAUAAUCGGGUCAUCAAAUUCUCAAUUAGUUUGCCUUAUCUGGGAUGUUAAAGUUGCCACCGUUAUAGGUCAUGGAAGAUUUCCUGCUAGAUAUGUCCAACCAAAAAUGGAUGAGUUAGACAUCAGAUAUACGUUUGUCCUUCCUUUCUAUGACGUGUCUCUUACUUCGCAGUCCGUCCUAUUUCUUGUCGGGGUCAGUAUAGGAGAGCUGUGGCUAAUGUGCUUUUUGCAUAAGACACGAUGUAUUUAUCUUAUUGAGAGAUGUUCAACCCACAGCGUUCCGAUGCAGUUGCAAUGGAUGCAUAUUGGGGGAGAAGACUAUAUAGCUGGUGCUAUGACCCAAGGACUGAUCAUUGCUGCCAUAGACAAGGAGAAGCUAUCUACCGUUCUAACAAAGACGUCGGACUUUGGUCAAAUGGAUAUAGGAUAUAUGGAACAUGUACUAUCACAAAAGCCGCUUGGGUUUGCGUGUGGAGUUAAUGGUAUUAUAACUAUCAAGUGGCAGAUGAGAAGCUCCUUGCGGGGAAGCAUCAUCAGUGUUUUAACAUUUAAACACUUUAUACUCGCAGUAUCAGACAUGGGAUAUUUAACCAUAUACGCUUUCGAAAGAUGCCAAACUGGUAUACGGUCUGUGGGAGAAAGCAUCUUGCAAAGAGGACGUGUUAAUGGGAUAAUAUAUGCAACAAGUUUGCCAUCACUUGAAGAAGAAUUAGCGUUUGCUUAUGUGGGCUGGGACAGAAUACCACACUAUUGUAAGUUAAGUAGUAUAUCUACCGGUGCUACCAUCUUCCAGACCAAGCCAUUAUCUUCUAUGCCCCUUUAUAAUAUCCAUUCUGUCUUGUGCCUGCACACCACUCCAGAGACGAGCAGUCUUAUCUUUUGUGGAAGUGGCUUGUUUGCUAUUUCAUUGUCUAAGGAAAAGCUAUUGAUUGGCGAAACCUUUGAUAAGCUCGCCAAGAUCGCUGAAGCCCAACCUGACAGCCAGAGUCUCUGGCAUCGUCCCAUCCAUUAG